CUGAUCUUGUUGUGCUUUGUCCAGUACUACUCUGCCGAGAUGAGUUACGGAGCCUCUUCUUCCUCCCGUCAGUGGAAGUAUGAUGUCUUCUUGAGCUUUUGCGGUCAGGACACUCGCACCAACUUCACGGAUCACCUCUUUAACUGGUUGGAUAGGGAUGGAAUUCGCACCUUUAGAGACGACAAAGAGCUAAACAGAGGAGAGGAUAUACCUUCAGAACUGACGGAAGCCAUCGAAGGUUGUAGGAUUGCCAUUAUUGUCUUCUCUGAGAAUUAUGCUUCUUCCACCUGGUGCCUUAACGAGCUGGUGAAGAUCCUUGAUUGCAAAAAAGAUGGCCGAAUGGAAAAGGUUCUCCCUGUUUUCUACAAGAUGAAUCCAUCUGAUGUCAGGAAACAGAGUAACACUUACACGGAGGCAUUUAUGAGACACGAAGAGCGUUUCAUGGAUGAGAUGGGGAAAGUGGAGACAUGGAGGGCUUCUCUCAAAGAAGCUGCGAAUAUGUCAGGGUGGGAUCAAAGAAAUGUUGCAAAUGGGCAUGAGGCGGAGCUUAUAAAGAAAAUUGGUGAAGAAGUGUUGACAAUAUUGAAGCCCACAUGCUUGGAUGUUGCAGAGCAUCCAAUCGGGUUAGAAUCUCACAUUGAGCGUAUAAGUUGUUUGCUAAAUGAUGGAGGACUGAAUGUUGUUCGGAUCGUAGGGAUAUGUGGCCCUGGUGGAAUAGGUAAAACAACCAUAGCGAAAGCUGUUUUCAACGUCAUGUUUAGUAAUUUUGAAGGUAGCUGUUUUCUUGCUAAUGUUAGAGAGGUUUCAAGAAAAGAGGGUUUUGUUUUCUUACAAAAACAGCUUCUCUCUGGUGUUUUGAAGAGAAAAGCCAUAGACAUAGACAAUGAGGAUCAAGGAAUCAUUACCAUCAGAGACCGUCUAUGUAAAAGAGUUCUUAUUGUUCUUGAUGAUGUGGACGACAGGGAACAAUUCUAUAGAUUGGUUGGAGGGCAUGAUUCAUUUGUUCCGGGAAGUCGAAUCAUCCUAACAACUAGAGACGAACAUUCGCUAAAUGGGCUGGAUGUGGAUGAAAAAUAUAAGUAUAGAGUCAAGACGAUGAAUCCAAAUGAAUCCCUUCAACUUUUCAGUCACCAUGCCUUUCGACAAAAUCAUCCAUCAAAAGGUUAUGAGCAACUCUCAAAUAUGGUAGUAGAUUAUGCAGGGGGCCUUCCAUUAGCUCUUAAGGUUUUGGGUUCUCAUCUAUACAAUAGAUUUCAAGUUGAAUGGGAAACGGAAUUGGAGAAUUUAAGACGGAUACCCGAUGAUAAGAUUUUUAAAAUACUUGAAAUAAGUUAUAAUGGAUUACAUAGUUCCAAACAGACAAUAUUUCUUGAUAUAUCAUGCUUUUUCAUUGGAGAGAAAAAAGAUUUUGUGAUUACAAUUCUAGAUGCUUGUGGUCUGGGCGGAGAAGCUGGAAUUAAACUUCUCAUAGAGAGGUCUCUAGUAACAAUUGAUGAAGAUAACAUGGUAUGUAUGCAUGACCUGAUUCGAGACAUGGGAAGGGAAAUUGUUCGUAGACAGUCUUUUGAGACGCCUGGAAGACGCAGUAGAUUGUGGGAUAGUGACGAUGCCAUUGAUGUAUUGAUAAACCUCACUGGAACUGAUGCAGUUAAAGGCCUUCAAUUACACUUGUCUGAAUAUAAUGUGAACGAGUUCAAUCUGUUGACCAUUGAAGGAUUUUCUAAAAUGCCUAAUCUAAGAUUACUCAGUAUCGAUGAUUUCUCGUUCAACAACAAAAUAGAUCCAGAAAUUUUUCUUCAGGAACGGGUUUUUUGUUUCAGAAACUUAGUUUGGCUUAGCUGGGAAGGUUUCCCUUUCGAAUAUAUACCAAAUAAUUUUCAUUUGCGGAGCCUUGUUAUUCUUGACAUACAAAAUAGCAAACUCAAAGAAGUUUGGAAGGGAACCAAGUGUUUCACAAAGUUGAAGGAACUUAAACUUAGUUAUUCUCGGUACCUAACCCAUACGCCUGACUUCUCAGGGCUCCCAAAUCUUGAGAAACUGGUUCUCUCUUGUUGUACAAGUUUAAUUGAAGUUCAUGAAAGUGUUAAUUCUCUGAAGAAACUUGUUCACUUGGAUCUAAAAUUUUGCUGUAAACUCAGGAAUCUUCCGAACGGUAUUGCUUUCUGCUCAAAACUUGAAACUCUGAAUGUUUGUGGUUGCAAUUUCGAGUUACUCCCAAUGCUUCCAUCAAGUUUGCAUUGUCUUCGUGCAUCAAAUUGCUUGAUGUUGGAAAGGUUACCAAAUCUGUCAAACUUGAAGCAGCUACUGAUGCUAGAUCUUUCAGGGUGUACGAGUGUGACUGAAAUUGAAGGGUUUGAGGGUUUGAAGUCUGCAACAACUAUAGAUUUAAAUGGGUGCUUCAAUUUGAAAAGUUGUGUCAAGGAGAGAAUCUUUCAGGUUGGAAAUCAUAACGUCUGUGAGGUGUUUGUGGAUUGGACAGAGGAGGUUCCGAAGUUGGUUGGCUUUGAAUUUGAAAGUGAGUCAUCAUCGUCAGAUUCAUUAACUUGUCAGGUUACUCAUAACAAUCAACAAGAAGGGUUGAUUUUAUGCAUUGCUUUUUCGACCUGGAAAUAUGAAGCUGAUCUAAUGGCUGUAGUUCAUAAUAAUUCAAAGAAUUUUACAUGGAGAUAUGGAUUUAAAAAUAUUAGAUAUUCCAGCUGGGAUGCAAGUAUUACUUGGGUGAUAAAGAUACCGAAUUGUGUUUGGAAAUCAAUUGCUGAAUAUGGGGAUACUAUCAAUGUUUCAGUCCUCCAUGAAAGAGAUCAUCCCCCAUAUAGACUUGGGAAAUUCAAUAAGGUGAAGAAAAUUGGGGUCCAUUUCUUCUAG